AUGUCAGUUUCAACAUUUGCACUUAAGCUCUCGAGAUUUCUGUGGAGAAGAGCAUCUCAUUACACUCUAUGUAUAUGUAAACUUCGUUUGCCUUUAUUGAAUUUUCGGUGGACACGUGGUUACUCUAGCAAUAAAGAAAUCAGUUAUGUGAAUUCUCAUAAUUUUAGCUUUAUCGACCUAACUGAACUUGCCAACAACCCAAAAGCUCAGAAUAACGUAAUUAACCAAAUUGAUCAGCUUCUGGAAAAGAAGGAGAAAGAACAAAGGGAUUUGUUAAGAGAUUUGUUGGAAAAGAAGGAGAAAGAACAAAAAGAAUUGUUGAGAGAUUUGUUGGAAAAGAAGGAGAAAGAGCAGAGAGAUUUGUUGGAAAAGAAGAAUAAUGAGCAUGAGGAUUUAUUGGAAAAGAAGAAUAAUGAGCCUGAAGACCGCGCACAUUCGAUAUUGCAAAUGAAGCAUAUGUGUAAUGUAAGAGACGCGUUAGAAUUUAUUCGCGCACAGAUUUUAGCAAAGGAUAUGUCUAUUGUUUUUACGGAAACCUUAGAUAAAGCCUUGAAUCGCUUGUCCCAAGAUGAGAAAUUUACCAAAUAUUUACAGAAAGCGUGUGAAGACAAUAGACUUCAGUACGAAGAUGUUCAAAAAUGUGUAGGUGGUCUCUACCAUUCUACUUCAAAACACUUUCAUGGGCACGAACAGAAAGUUAUAAUCGAUUCGCGAACUUGGGCCACAAACGAAAUUUUUUUGUUAGGCGUCAUCUUUCGCCAUUACAAAGUUCCGUUUGAAUAUUGUAAUACCGAUGGCAAGCUGGAACAUUAUCCCUAUAAAUUGUAA